UAGCAGCAUCGUGUCAGUGCUAUUAGUGACGUCUAUCGACAUUGCGAUUGUCGUGGACAACGAGGCACCAAAAAGAAAAAGAAAAACUUAAAAAAUUAGUGCGAACACAAAUUAGGGAAAGAUGUAAACGAUUCCACGGGUUAUCGGCUGAGGACUUUGAGCAAAUUUACUUUCCCGGCAAAGUGAAUCGUUUAUUCGCUGUAGUUGUUUAAUAUGAAAUCGGUUAGCUUAUUUUGCUUCUUCAAGAUGGAGGGUGGAUAUCCGAACGUCUUGUAUAAUUAUUGCUAACGAAGUUAAACUUAUAUCGCACCCCUGUACCUGAUUGAAUAGCAAUCAAGUUUCCCUACAUAUUACUACUAUCUAUAAAGCACUGUUUCAAGUCAAUUUUCAUUUAUCCCUUGCCAAGUAUUUCACGAUUUGCAGUAGACCCUAUCAAGCCCUUUAGUUCUUGUUAGACUCAGGCCUGGUAGGGUAUAACGACGCUCCAUGUGAUACCCUGUACAAGAUAUGCUUUGUCGGAAAUCGUUCAGCUAUUCGAUUUCCGGUCCCGUGUAUUUUCCACGAAACGCGUAUACGGUGAAUGCACCACAUGUAUUCGUCGAAGAAAGGAGACCCUCUCUGCCCCCUCGGUUUCCAUCCUCAAGUGCGGUGGCCGACCCGCUGCAAACGAUGCUUCAGGGAUUAUAAGGAACACGGGGGUAAGAAGGAUAACUUAAGGGAUAUUACAUCGUCCACGCCUAGCCUUUCGUUUGAACAAUCUUCGGGAAGGUCUGCAGAGAAUGGUAAAAGGGUAUGGUCGUCGGCGACGAACCUAGCAAAAGAUGAUUUCAAAGGAAGUUCAGAAUCGUCGCCGGCAGCAGCCGGCUGGACAUCGCUUAUGGAUCUUUCUGCCAUCGAUAAAGAAGAAGAAAGAUUAAAUGCAAGGAGGCCAACGAAAUUACAGAUCAGAGAGGUCAUAGCCAACAGAGGUGGGGGUAGUUCUGAAAAUGAUGUUGAGUUUAUAAUUCAGGUGAAAAAGUCGAAGAUCGGUUCAUCGAAAAGCGCGAUACAAAAUGAGGAUCACCUUAUGGAAAAGGAAGAGACGACGGAGAAAAGCGAGAUGGACCGUCUAAGGGCACAAUUGGUCGAGCUGCAAGCGAGAUGCGAGAAAGCUGAAAAAGAGAAAAGCGAAAUCUUGAUGAGAAGAUUAACAACCAUGGAAACCAUAUCUAACAAAGCGUCGUCGAAUGAAUUACAGAAACUUCAGAAGAAGAACGAAGCGUUGAUGCAAGAGAAAACAAACCUAAUGAGCAAGGUAAAAGAGUUGGAGAAAGAAACAGGCUCAAAGUUGUUUAGGGGCGACAGAGAUAGAGAAAAGGAAGAACUAAGAUCAAAAUUAAAGGCAGCUGAAAAUUUAUGCGAAACUUUGAUGGAUGAAAAUGAAGACAUGAAGAAGGAAAUUCGUCAACUGGAGGAAGAGAUAUAUGAAUUACAGGAUACUUUUAGGGAUGAGCAAGCAGACGAAUAUGUUCGUCUUCGGAAGAGCUUGGAACAGUCUAAUAAGAACUGUCGAAUAUUGUCGUUCAAGCUAAGAAAAGUCGAGAGAAAGGUGGAGGAACUGGAGAGUGAGAAAAGCGGUCUGGAAAAGAAAUAUGACGAGGUGAAAAAGGUUGAAGAAACGCUGAAGAAGAUCAAGGGCGAGUUCCAAGGUAGACUUCAGAAGAAAGCAACGGAUUUGACGAGCAAAGUGCAGCUUAAAAAAAUGGUGGAGGAAAUGGAGAAAGAAAUAGGAGACCUGAUGACCAUUUUCACAAACAUCUCUGAUGGCAAAGAUGUGGACGUUCAAGAGUUGAAAUCCAAAGACAGUUAUAUUAAAUAUGAUAAGCUUAUGAACGAGUACGAGCUGCUUAAAGAAAAGCUAGACAACGUCACCAAGGAAUUAUCAAACGAGAAAGAUAAGAAGAGGACGCAAUCAGGCUCCAAAGCUGAAGACAAAAAUACUGAUCUUCAAAACAUAAAAAAGAAAUUAGAUGAAGCUGUGAACAUGAGGGAAACCGAAAGAAAGGCAUGGGACCAGGAGAAAACAGCAUUGUCUGAGGAAAAGGAGAAGCUGAAAUCGAAGCUACUUUCAUUGUCUGCAGAAAAGCUCAAAGUGUACAAUGAAGUCGUUCAAUUAAAGAAGGAUUUAGAGACAGCCAAAUCGUCAGAAAAGGAAGGCGAGAAAAUGGAGAAGACGAUAAACGAGCUGAAGAGAGAAUUAUCCCAAGAACGAGAGAAGAACAAGAAAUUGCAGGACGAUUUGUCUGCCUACACUGAAAGGGAAUCAAAAAUGACUCAAUCAAUGACGUCUGUGGAACAAACGAAGAGCAAACUCGAUGCUGAGGUGAAACGUCUGAAAAAAGAACUGGAGAAUGCAAAAUCCUCCAACUCCACAAAAAUAAACAACCUGACCACAGAAUUGUCUGAGCUAAAGAAAGAAAAAGAGAAACUGUUGUCUCAAAUUGAUCAAGAGAAACAAUCCAAAGAAGCUGAGGUGUCCAUGCUGAAGAAGAAAGUCAAUUCAUUGGAAAAGACUGGAUUAAACGCAAAGAGAAUGAACGAAAUGAGGCAAACGUAUAAUGAGAAGAUUUUGAUGGCUUAUAUUUCAGAUUUGGAGGACGAGCUGAAGAAGGGUGAACAGGAGUAUAAUAAUUUAAAUGAGAAGUACAUUGAACUUGGAAAAUUGAAAACGCAGUUUGAGGCUGAUAACGAAGCACUCAAUAACAAAUUACGAGAACAAAACACUGAAUUAAUUAAUAUUCGCAAGGAGCUAGAAACACUAAGGCAGACCGUCAAAUUGAAGGAAAGCGAAUGGCGGUCCGAGAAAGGCGUUUUGCAAAAUAAAUUAAAGGAAAGUGAGUUGCCAAACAGAGCCAUGAUAACAGAUCUGAAUAACGACAUAAGCAAUUUGAAGAAAGAGAACAAUACUUUAGUAACGCGAUUGGAAGAUUUAAGGAAAGCGAAUGACGAUCUCUCUGACAAGCUUAAAGACUAUGAAGCAGUGUCAAAAAUUCAUCAAGCAAUAACGCCUGAUACUAAUGCACUGGAGUCAGAAAUUAGGAAACUGAAGAAUGCUUUAGAAAACAUGGAAAAAGCUAAGAAAGCUGAUUUGGCACAAUGCAAGAUGAGAUACGAGCACCGAAUCACGGCUAUUAAUGACGAGAUUCAAACUAUUCAAAAUCAAUUAUCACGAUACAAACGUGAACGCGACACUUACAAACAUAUGUUGGAGGGUGCUCAGAAAACAAUUGGAGAACUGAAGUCUAAUAGAGGCAGAUUAGCGUCUAAUGCAUCUUCUGGAAAGUCUGAUGAGGAAGAAGAAAUGUCUGGUGCCAGCAGACUGAUUCUGGAAAGACAGAUCAACAGUCUGGAAGAUGAACUGUCUGAAACAAGAUUAGAGACAUCUAGAUUGAAAGCAGAAUUAGUAUCAGAAAAAUCAGCUAGUCAUGUUAAAGUGUCUGAAUUGCAAUCACGAAUCAACGAGCUGGAGGAGGAACGAAUGAUCGCCAGUGGCAGGACAAAGAUCCCAGGAUUAAAAGUUCGCAUGGAACUGGCUUGGCAGAAAGAACGGGAGGAGCAUCAGAGAUUGUUACAAGAAACAGCUACACUGGCUAGGGAUUUGAGACAAACCCUGUUUGAAAUUGAGAGAGAACGUUCAAAAGAACGACUGGAAAACAAGAGACGACAGGAUCAAUUGAAGAAGGUAUACGAUGAAGAGAAGGAAGAGAGCAAGAAGAAAUUGCUGGAGUUGCAAUGUGAUUUACUGGAAUUAAGAGACGCCCACGCAAAACUAAGGACCAGUAACGAAAAGAUGAGGCGAGAAAAGGAACGACACGAGAGGGAAAGAGAAGAACUAAAAGAUGCUAUCUUCAAGAAGAGUAAACAAGAACAAACUGAACUAAGAAAUAUUAAUGUGCUGUUGCAACAAGUCAAUGAUUUAAUGAAAUUCUUCCCUGAGUUGAAUGGCAUAGCUGAAAAUGGAAAUUCCAGUACUUACACACCUACACCACCCAGACGAUUAAAGGGACCAAAAUCAAGAGAAUCAUCGCCAAUGUUGGACGCAAAGGGUGACAUAAGAGGUUCAAAUUCACAACUUGGCGAAAGAACAGAGAAAUUGGAAUACACUAUUAAAAAGCUGAUGGAUGUGGCAAAGGAGUUGAAGGAAUCAAAGAAAGCAGCUGAUGAAACUAAUGCUACAAGGCUAAAGAAACUCAGCAAAAGAUCAACAUCCGUUGAGAGUGAUCCAGGCAAAGGAAUAACAACAGCUCGUUCAAAACCACGUUUGAAGAGAAAGAGCUUGUCUUUGGAACAGACGACCGCACGAAACGAGGAAUCACGUAUUUGGGGCACUGAUAGCAACAUGUCCAGCUUGCAAUCGUUGGAAGGCUCGGAAGUUGAUGGACGAACGCUUAGUUUACAGAGAGAUUCUAGUGUCGAUAGUCGUCUCUCCACUGGUUCCACGAAGAGCGAGAUGUUAGAACGAGAGAAGAAACACGGUAAAGGAAUAAUAAAAAAGCUUACAACAAAAUUAACUAAAUCAGCCAGCGUAGACGAUCCAAACGUUUCCAUGGACCUCUCUCUUCAGACCUCGGGAUCCGAAACUAGUAUCACGGAGAAGACUGAAAAGAAAAAUCUGAAGAAGAAAUUAACGGAUAUGUUCAAACGAGGUUCGAGAGGCAGCAGUGUAGAGAAGAAAACUGGCACCUCAAGUCAAAGUAGACCAGUAUCAAGAAACUCCACAACAUCAGACAAAUGAUUAAAUUACAAAUUUAUAGUACCUUGCUGAAUCAUUGCUCUCUGCUAGCAUUAGCGAUUUUAAAUGUACAAUUACAACAAAUGGUACUGCAAUUAAAAAAGAAAGAGAUUGCUCAGUUACGUGUAUCGGAGCAUAUACAAAAAGAUAAUACUUCCUCUACCAA